ACACGAGAUGCUAAGUUCCAACAGAAAGCCAUAAAGAAGGCGGAAGAAAUUGGGCAAGGUGAGAAAAUUCUGGCGCCAAAGUAUCCCACGGAAGAGAAGCGCUUCAAGAAAGCACAAGCCGAUGAAAAAGUCAAAGAGCUCGUCAAUAAAAUGGACCCGACUCUUAUUGAAAAUGUAAAUAAAAUCAAUAUCAAGUCAACGGAGCCGGCUGAGCGGUGGACAUCAACAAAAGAUUUACCAACUCACGAAUCUGAGUGGAUGCACCGCAACGACCCCGUCUGGGAAUAUGGUUUCUACGAACCGGAAGAGGAUAAAAUACCGAAGAACAAAUUGAUGUUUCGGGAGGCGCUUGAAGUUGUGCCCAAACGCGAGCUUGCGCAACUGCAAGAAUAUUUGCAAGGUAGAUCUGAUGAGACGACAUUAUUGGGAGGGACAAGGGAUGGUGUUCGCAAACUUAUUCAACGAAACAAGGAUGCUCUCGAGCAUUAUGAUAAGUUGGAAAAGCCUGAACAGAAGCAGCUUGAAGAAGCCAUUAUUGAGCAACGAAAGAUGGAGAAAGAGCGCUUAGCCACCCGAUUAAAGGAUAUCGAAUUUAUGGAGGAGCAAAGCAAGAAGUUACUAGAAGAAGCAAAGAAAAAAGCAGCAGAAGCUAAAGAGAUUAAAUGA